AUGUAGGAUCAUUUUCUUCUAAGAGUGAUGAAUUUAGAAUAAGCAUUGAAAUAGGAAUUGGAUUCAACUUUUUGGAUUUGGGGUUUAUUGAUAUUCUUAUGUUUGAUGGGCUAAGUGCUUUGCGUUUUCAUGCUUGCUUAACCAGCCACACCAAAGGAAGAUUCUGAUUAUCACGUUUAGGAAGAAACUCCAUAAAUAGAUCAUGAAAAUUAACCUGAAUAAGAGAAGCUUUUGCAGACUAAUGAAUAAUACGAAUAAUGA